AAAAAAUAUUCAUUGCAUAGCGAGGUACUUCUUCAUUUGAAUGAUAUAAGGUUAACUGCAAAGGUAAGACCAUGGUUACCUAUUUGUAUCAUAUUUAACAGGAUUUCAUCCCUAGUUUGAGAAGAAUGACACUACCAGGAUAUGAAGAAUGUUUGGGGAAAAAAAUGUUAAUGCAUUUUUUUUAAAUGUAGAUGCAGUAAUAAUAGUUAUUUGAUCGCUGCCAUGGGAAUAAAUGGGGAGUGACCAAUGGAAUGUUGUUAUAUGGAGUAAGUGGGAGUGACAUAUGAAAUGUUUUUAUAGAGACUAAGUGAGAGUGAAUAAUGGAAUGUAGGUAUGUGGACUAAUUGAGAGUGACCAAUAGAAUGUUAUUAUAUGUACUAAGUGAGAGUGACCAAUGGAAUGUUGUUAUAUGUACUAAGUAGGAGUGACCAAUUGAAUGUUGUUAUAUGGACUAAGUAGGAGUGACCAAUUGAAUGUUCUUAUAUGGACUAAGUAGGAGUGACCAAUUGAAUGUUGUUAUGUGGACUAAGUAGGAGUGACCAAUUGAAUGUUUAAUUAUGGACUAAGUAGGAGUGACCAAUUGAAUGUUGUUAUAUGGACUAAGUAGGAGUGACCAAUUGAAUGUUGUUAUAUGGACUAAGUAGGAGUGACCAAUUGAAUGUUGUUAUAUGGACUAAGUAGGAGUGACCAAUUGAUUGUUUAAUUAUGGACUAAGUAGGAGUGACCAAUUGAAGGUUGUUAUAUGGACUAAGUAGGCGUGACCAAUUGAAUGUUGUUAUAUGGACUAAGUAGGAGUGACCAAUUGAAUGUUGUUAUAUGGACCAAUGAAUGUUGUUACAUGGACCAAUGAAUGUUGUUACAUGGACCAAUGAAUGUUGUUACAUGGACCAAUGAAUGUUGUUAUAUGGACCAAUGAAUGUUGUUACAUGCACCAAUGAAUAUUGUUACAUGGGUCAAUGAAUGUUGUUAAAUGGACCAAUGAAUGUUGUUAUAUGGACCAAUGAAUAUUGUUACAUGGACCAAUGAAUGUUGUUAUAUGGACCAAUGAAUGUUGUUACAUGGACCAAUGAAUGUUGUUACAUGGACCAAUGAAUGUUGUUACAUGGACCAAUGAAUGUUGUUAUAUGGACCAAUGAAUGUUGUUACAUGGACUAAUGAAUGUUUUUAUAUGGACCAAUGAAUUUUGUUAUAUGGAACAAUGAAUGUUGUUUCAUGGACCAAUAAAUGUUGUUAUAUGGACCAAUGAAUGUUGUUACAUGGACCAAUGAAUGUUGUUACAUGGGUCAAUGAAUGUUGUUACAUGGACCAAUGAAUGUAGUUAUAUGGACCAAUGAAUGUUGUUAUAUGGACCAAUGACUGUUGUUACAUGUACCAAUGAUUGUUGUUAUAUGGACCAAUGAAUGUUGUUACAUGGACCAAUGAAUGUUGUUAUAUGGACCAAUGAAUGUUGUUACAUGGACCAUUGAAUGUUGUUACAUGGACCAAUGUAUGUUGUUACAUGGACCCAUGAAUGUUGUUAUAUGGACCAAUGAAUGUUGUUACAUGGACCAAUGAAUGUUGUUACAUGGGUCAAUGAAUGUUGUUACAUGGGCCAAUGAAUGUUGGUAUAUGGACCAAUGAAUGUUGUUACAUGGACCAAUGAAUGUUGUUAUAUGGACCAAUGAAUGUUGUUAUAUGGACCAAUGAAUGUUGUUACAUGGACCAAUGAAUGUUGUUACAUGGACCAAUGAAUGUUGUUAUAUGGACCAAUGAAUGUUGUUACAUGGACUAAUGAAUGUUGUUAUAUGGACCAAUGAUUUUUGUUACAUGGACCAAUGAAUGUUGUUACAUGGACCAAUGAAUGUUGUUACAUGGACCAAUGAAUGUUGUUAUAUGGACCAAUGAAUGUUGUUAUAUGGACCAAUGAAUAUUGUUAUAUGGACCAAUGAAUGUUGUGACAUGGACCAAUGAAUGUUGUUAAAUGGACCAAUGAAAGUUGUUAUAUGGACCAAUGCAUGUUGUGACAUGGACCGAUGAAUAUUAUUAUAUGGACCAAUGAAUGUUGUGACAUGGACCAAUGAAUGUUGUUACAUGGACCAAUGAAUGUUGUUAUAAGGACCAAUGAAUAUCAUUUUAUGGACCAAUGAAUGUUGUGACAUAGACCAAUGAAUGUUGUUAUAUGGACCAAUGAAUGUUGUUAUAUGGAACAAUGAAUAUUGUUAUAUGGACCAAUGAAUGUUGUGACAUGGACCAAUGAAUGUUGUUACAUGGACCAAUGAAAGUUGUUAUAUGGACCAAUGCAUGCUGUGACAUGGACCAAUGAAUAUUAUUAUAUGGACCAAUGAAUGUUGUGACAUGGACCAAUGAAUGUUGUUACAUGGACCAAUGAAAGUUGUUAUAUGGACCAAUGCAUGCUGUGACAUGGACGAAUGAAUAUUAUUAUAUGGACCAAUGAAUGUUGUGACAUGGACCAAUGAAUGUUGUUACAUGGACCAAUGAAUGUUAUUAUAAGGACCAAUGAAUAUCAUUAUAUGGACCAAUGAAUGUUGUGACAUGGACCAAUGAAUGUUGUUAUAAGGACCAAUGAAUAUCAUUAUAUGGACCAAUGAAUGUUGUGACAUGGACCAAUGAAUGUUGUUACAUGGACCAAUGAAUGUUGUUAAUGGACCAAUGAAUGUUGUUAUAUGGACCAAUGAAUGCUAUUAUAUACGCAAUCAUAGUAACAAGAUGUAUACAAAUAUGAAAGAAUUUUCAAUAGAGUUGUCAAAUAUCUAUCGCCGUGUAUUCUAUAAAUGUAAUAUUGUUUCAAAACUAUUCAAUACAAUCCAAUAAACUCACAUAAAUUUUUCUCAACCCCAAAACAGUUGACUCCAAUCAUAUUCCACUCCAAUCAAAUUCUACCACAUUCCAAGUCCACUCCAACCAUAUCAUAAUCCAAUCAUAUUCUACCCCAAUCAUAUUCCACUCCAGUCAUAUCAUACUCCAAUCAAAUCCUACUCAAAUCAUGCUCUACUCCAAUCAUAUCCUACUCCAAUCAUACUCUACUCCAAUCACGUCCUACUCCAUCAAAUCCUACUCCAAUCAUAUUCUACUCCAAACAUAUUUAACCAAAUCAUAUUCUGCUCUAAGCAUAAUAAACCCCGUCAUAUUUUACUCCAAUAAUAAUCUAUACCAUCAUAUUUUGCUCCAAUCAUAUUCUGCUCCAAUCAUAUUCUACCCAAAUUAUAUUCUAUUCCCAUAAUAAUCUACCCCAUCAUAUUCUACUCCAAUGAUAAUCUACCCCAUCAUAUUCUACUCUAAUUAUAUUCUACUCUAAUUAUAUGUAACUCCAAUCAAAUUCUACUCCAAUCAUAAUAUACCCCAAUCAUAUUCUACUCCAAUCAUAUUCUACUCCAAUCAUAUUCUACUCCAAUCAUACUCUACCUCAAUCAUAUUCUACAAUUAUAUUCUACUCCAAUCAUACUCUACUACAAUCAUAUUCUACAAUUAUACUCUACUCCAAUCAUAUUCUACUUCAAUAUAUUUAUUUCCACUACAUUUCACUCCACGACGCUGUCAUCCACCUGUGUAUGAAAGAUUGAAAAUGUCUAUGUCAUGUUAUUUUAGAGCACUACAAGUAUGGCCGUUAGACAAGUCAUUCAAAUAGUGUGUUGGGUUGUUGUUUUUUUUUGGUAACCCCGUUUUCUUGUGAUGCGUAUCCAGAUUUUAAAAAAAAAUUGUCUACAUCCGUCUUGAUUGACAGUGCACACCAGUGGAAACAUCAAAGCAUGUCAACAUGCCUGGGGACAUAAACAGAGUAGUAUGUUUUGGUCUCUACUGUUUCGAUUUGACAGGACUGCAAAGUAUUGUAAACAAAAUCAUUUUGUAGGGGUCUCAACAAGAAUGGAGGGCGGAUAGUGCUUUUCACUCAGCCCGGGAGGUGGGAAGGGGGGGGGGAAUAUUUUUUUCAGAAAAUUUUUACUCUGGGGCUUGGGGAGAUUUUAGAUUUUCUGGUGGGGCAUUACCAGUGACAAGAGGUGUAGCUAAAGAUCUCCCCAGGCGCCAGACUAGAUAGGGCCGUGGGUGGCUAAAUUAGGCUUUGGGUGUGUUGAAUGGCUGUAAAUGAUGGGUAGGUGACGAGGGUGUAAAUGAUGGGUAAAUGACGGAUAGGUGACGAGGGUGUAAAUGAUGGGUAAAUGAUGGGUAGGUGGCGAGGGUGUAAAUGAUGCGUAGUUGAUGAGGGUGUAAAUGAUGGGUAAAUAAUGGGUAGGUGACGAGGUUGUAAAUGAUGGGUAGAUGACGAGGGUGUAAAUGAUGGAUAAAUAAUGGGUAGUUGACGAGGAUGUAAAUGAUGAGUAGUUGAUGAGGGUGUAAAUGAUGGGUAGGUGACGAGAGUGUAAAUGAUGGGUAAAUGAUGGGUAGGUGACGAGGGUGUAAAUGAUGGGUAGUUGAUGAGGGUGUAAAUGACGGGUAGGUGACGAGGGUGUAAAUGAUGGGUCAAUGAUGGGUAGGUGACGAGGGUGUAAAUGAUGGGUAAAUGAUGGGUAGGUGACGAGGGUGUAAAUGAUGGGUAAAUGAUGGGUAGGUGACUAGGGUGUAAAUGAUGGGUAAAUGAUGGGUAGGUGGCGAGGGUGUAAGUGAUGAGUAGUUGAUGAGGGUGUAAAUGAUGGGUUAAUAAUGGGUAGGUGACGAGGUUUUAAAUGAUGGGUAGGUGACGAGGGUGUAAAUGAUGGGUAAAUAAUGGGUAGUAGACGAGAAUGUAAAUGAUGAGUAGUUGAUGAGGGUGUAAAAAUGAAUCUCGCAAAACGUAAGUGUCAAACACCGCUGCUACGCCUCUGUCAUUGACGUAGAAAGAUGGAUCACCCAGAGUGUCACUUUUUUUUUUUUGUUUUAUGAAGGGGCGUCGUCCUCGCAGAAGUGCAGAGUUUAUCGUGAGAUGGAAGGUGGCAAAAAUUGUGGCCCGCCCAAGGUUUCCAUCCCACUAAAAAGUUUUCCUUCAUUAAAAAACGUUUCCUUCACUAAAAAGUUUUCCUUCACUAAAAAACGUUUCCUUCACUAAAAAGUUUUCCUUCACUAAAAAACGUUUCCUUCACUAAAAAACGUUUCCUUCACUAAAAAGUUUUCCUUCACUAAAAAACGUUUCCUUCACUAAAAAACGUUUCCUUCACUAAAAAGUUUUCCUUCACUAAAAAACGUUUCCUUCACUAAAAAGUUUUCCUUCACUAAAAAACGUUUCCUUCACUAAAAAACGUUUCCUUCACUAAAAAGCUUUUCAUUUCAAAAAGGUUUUAACAACAGAAAGGUUUUCCAUCACCAAAAAAGGGUUUCCAUUACGAAAAAGGUUUUCAACACAAAAAAGGGUUUCCAUUACAAAGAAGUUUUCCAACACAAAAAAAAUGUGUUUACAUCCUUUCUAAAUGUUUAACACACAUGAAAAAAAAAAACCAACAACAACUCAAGAACUUACGUAUGCUAAUGACUUUUUGUCAAUAUUGCCAAGUUUUACCGGAGUCAAAACAGGAAAAAUACAAUAUUGUUUUGUAGAAAACACUUUUGAUUUUAUGGGUUUUCAAAACCGGUCAAAUUGACACAUCGUAUUUCAUCGGCAUAGUAAUUUUGAGAAAGACAUGAGCUGUUUACAAAAGCCAGCAUAUAUUACUUUUGUGAAUGUGUGAUUUUUAUCUUUGGGAAAUAGUAUAAAAAUAAAGUAUAUAUUUCCCAAUAUUCAGUGGAUUGAAAUGUUUAUUUGAUAGUUUUAAGUACUUCAAUUUUUUCAGCUAAUUUAAAGAUUGCCUCUUUGAUUUACUUUUUACAAUUUUUUUUUUAACAAAUCCAUUUAGGUCAUUUUAAAGUGAUGAUUUAGAAAGAUGAAUCUUUUCAAAAGCUAGUACCAAAAAAACAGAGUUGGCAUGAAACUCGAAAUGCUAGUUCACAAAAACAGAUGUUCUUCUUUUCUUUUUUCUCUCUCUCUCUCAUCUCUAACACAUGUAAUUUUAAAAAAAAAUAUAAAGCGUGCAGAUAGUCUGAUUUCGUUUUUUUUUUAAAAAGAGAUAUCCUUGGUUAAUUUAACAUAUAUAUGUAUAUAAAGGCUAAGUAUUUUAACAAAAUACUGUGUUGUUGAGGAAUUUCUUGUGCUUUUCAAAUUUAAUUCAUAAUAUCUUCUUUAAAAGUCAUCCUUUUUAAAACACAAUUUAUAAUAUCUACUUUAAAAGUCAUGCUUUUAUGAUGAUGUAUAAUUUGGAAACAGACUGCACAUGUUUCAUACUUGGAAAUAAAUAUUUUAAAAUUAAGGACCUUUAUAUUGAUGUACGGGUAGUUUAAUACAAUGUUAUUGAAGUCCUUUAACUUGUGAAACUAGAAAAAAAAAUCAAUAAAAAAAAUACCCAUAUAUGCGAGCAAAGUGAAGUGAAACUUCGGUUUAUCCCCAAGAGCGGCCAAUUUUUUGGGAGAUUACGAUAUUUGUAAUCGAAUAGUGUAAGCUUCUAACAAGAUUAGCUUUGUAACUCUACGGAACAUUAAAUAAAGCCAGCGUAGCGAAAAUUCAUAUCUCCCCCUAAUUGUCAACGAUUAAAGGCAACAGUUAUUAUUCUUCGUUUUUUUAAUGUUAUAAACAUGACAAUGUAAUAGGUUUUGGGGUUGGGUUUUUUGUUUUUGUUUUUUUUUAAUAAAAUUAUUUUCGUUUUAUUAUGGUACAUAUUUUUGUCUCGAUAGGGACCUGAAAGAAAUACUGACUAGAGUCGGUUAGAGUCGGUUAGAGCAGUGUUAUAUUCUAAAUAUUGCUUUGUUUUGAUAGGAAUAUUUUUGAUUUGUGCAUUUCUUUAGCGACUGGGGUUUGGAAAGGACUCCCUCGGGUGUCACAAAAUCUACUACUCCAUUGUAUUUUUUGUCUAUAAUAUUUGAGGGCCUGCGACCAAUUGGUGGAUCGUUCUGGCCCCUUGUUUGAAUUCUGAGUUUGCCUUCUCUUAGAUGAGUUGCCGUCCAAGGCUAACGAGUUCCAUCCACCCGGACUGCUUGGGUUGUUUUUGCUGGUCUUGGAUUUGGUGGGUAUUGGAUUCCAGACCAUCAGCUUUUUGGUUUAAGUCAGGUUAGACCGUUGGGCCACCCACCACCCAUUGUUUACUUGUGUACGACGUGAAAUUGAUCAACACGUCAUGUUAAGGAAACUUGAAGAUUUCAAAAAUUGUAGAUUUUUUGCGUGAAUUUAUACAAAUCAUAUAAAUGACUAUGUACAAUUUUUUUUUUAAUGUAUGUGAUUUUUAAGAAUCACCCCUUCUCCAGCAACCAUUUGAUAACACCUCUGGUUUCCUGCCCUUAGCACAGAGCUAUGUUGUCGUGAGCUUCUGUCAGCAGCAGACAUACAUCACACUGUCUCAACCUCAUUCACUUCACGCCACUGGUGGGCACUCCUGAUUUAUUAUAAUAUACUGACUCUGGCGAAGAAAACAAUGUUGUGCUACUUUGCCUCUGCAGUACAUCAAUGUGUCGCAGUAGAGGUGUUUCUGACAAAUGUCAAGUAUUCAAAGAUAAAAGCGUUUAAAAAAAACCUCACAAUGUAUGAAUUACCCCAAAAGCAUUGUUACUGCUGGGAAAAAAACGCUAUAUAUGUAGCAGCCUACAGCUUCAGUCUCCAUGUAUCCCAUUAGUUUGUGUAUAAGCCCCCAGCCUGAGUCUCCAUGUAUCCCAUAGUUUGUAUUUCAGCCUCCAGUUCGAGUCUCCAUAUAUCCCAUAGUUUGUGUAUCAGCCUCCAGCUUGAGUCUCCAUGUAUCACAUAGUUUGUGUAUGAGCCCCCAGCCUGAGUCUCCAUGGAUCACAUAGUUUGUGUAUCAGCUUCCAGCUUGAGUCUCCAUGUAUCACAUAGUUUGUGUAUGAGCCCCCAGCCUGAGUCUCCAUAUAUCCCAUAGUUUGUGUAUCAGCCUCCAGCUUGAGUCUCCAUGUAUCACAUAGUUUGUGUAUGAGCCCCCAGCCUGAGUCUCCAUAUAUCCCAUAGUUUGUGUAUCAGCCUCCAGCUUGAGUCUCCAUAUAUCCCAUAGUUUGUGUAUCAGCCUCCAGCUUGAGUCUCCAUGUAUCCCAUAGUUUGUGUAUGAGCCCCCAGCCUGAGUCUCCAUGUAUCCCAUAGUUUGUGUAUGAGCCCCCAGCCUGAGUCUCCAUGCAUCCCAUAGUUUGUGUAUGAGCCCCCAGCCUGAGUCUCCAUGCAUCCCAUAGUUUGUGUAUGAGCCCCCAGCCUGAGUCUCCAUGUAUCCCAUAGUUUGUGUAUGAGCCCCCAGCCUGAGUCUCCAUGUAUCCCAUAGUUUGUGUAUGAGCCCCCAGCCUGAGUCUCCAUGUAUCCCAUAGUUUGUGUAUGAGCCCCCAGCCUGAGUCUCCAUGUAUCCCAUAGUUUGUGUAUGAGCCCCCAGCCUGAGUCUCCAUGUAUCCCAUAGUUUGUGUAUGAGCCCCCAGCCUGAGUCUCCAUGUAUCCCAUAGUUUGUGUAUGAGCCCCCAGCCUGAGUCUCCAUGUAUCCCAUAGUUUGUGUAUGAGCCCCCAGCCUGAGUCUCCAUGUAUCCCAUAGUUUGUGUAUGAGCCCCCAGCCUGAGUCUCCAUGUAUCCCAUAGUUUGUGUAUGAGCCCCCAGCCUGAGUCUCCAUGUAUCCCAUAGUUUGUGUAUGAGCCCCCAGCCUGAGUCUCCAUGUAUCCCAUAGUUUGUGUAUGAGCCCCCAGCCUGAGUCUCCAUGUAUCCCAUAGUUUGUGUAUGAGCCCCCAGCCUGAGUCUCCAUGUAUCCCAUAGUUUGUGUAUGAGCCCCCAGCCUGAGUCUCCAUGUAUCCCAUAGUUUGUGUAUGAGCCCCCAGCCUGAGUCUCCAUGUAUCUUUUUGUCAGGCUUCUCCUAAAGACUGUAUGCAACCGUUGGCCUCUCUCGCACCCUGUCAGCUUUCCUGGGAAGGGGGGGGGGGGUGUUCUAUGUUGAAGAUUGUCUGAUGAUGUUUCCACGGAUAUUAGAUGAGUAUAUCUUUUCAAACUUAACGUGAAGUGACUUAUAUUGGAGGAGGACUCCUCGCCUACUCGUGUCUAGGUGCUUUAAUACAGAUUCAAAUCACCCACAAAGGAACGCACUCUCAUUCAUACUAACAGAGACAACUUGCAUUGCCAGGUCCCAAAAUCUCUCUCAUUUUUAUGCAUGUCAAUGCAACGGAUUAUGACGUACAGCAUAAUUAAAAGAAAAUGACUACAAAUCUAUCUGUUGAAAUAUCUGUAACAUGAACGUAUUUCGUGUAUUGGCAUCUUCUUUAAAAAAUGACCCAAACUCUUUGCCUGGCUCCUCAAGCAAAUUUUCAGGAAAUAAUAAACACAGUAAGGUUUUUAAUUUAACAUUCAAAUUGAGAUUAUAGUUCAAAUCUGUUACAUAAUCGAAAAAAAAAGAGAUAUUCAUGUUAAAAUGUACCGUUACCCAACACGACAGGACCCCCAAAUUUUCCUAUCAUUUGAAUGGUAAAAACAGUGAUAGUAAAAUUCAUGGUUAACAAUUAGAAAUGAUCAAUUUACCGAUACUGACGUCUUUAAUAAUUUUGGAGGGAGUCUCUGAAUAUUAAUUUGACGGAAACGAUGUCACCCAAGUAAAUAAGAAAAAAGAAAACCAAGAACUAUUUUAAAAUGUACCCCCGUCCCAAUUACCUGGCCCUUGAAAUGCAAGAACAGAAAAUUGUUAAAUCCGUUGUGCACAAUUUUAUUUUAAGUUAUCAAAAGUCAUUACAUUUUCGGACAUCGUUACACUAAAGUAAAUGUGGCCCCAAUGCAUCAACGCUUUAAACUGCGACUUUUUAAUAUAUAUAUUUUUUUUUAUCAUUUGUAUUGUAUGAUGUUUUUUUUAAUGAAAAUCUAAAACCUCUUUUCACUACUCUUAUAUCAUUUCAUUUCAUAAAAGUGUACACAUCCUAUUUCAUCCCUCUCAAAUUAGUUUUUCCGAAGAAGGGCAUGUCAUUUAUAAUUACACCAAAAAAGUUAAAACGUAUCUUGAGUUGCCUGGAGGACACACAAAUUAUAUUAGUAUUGCAGGUAUAUCUUACUAAGUCUAGCGCACUAUGUACCAAAGUCAAUUGUAUUUUUGUAUUGCUGGUACCUCACUAAGUAUACUGAGUUUGUAAAUUCAACAUUUGUAUUAUUUUUUUUUUGUGUGUUGCAGGUACUUAGACAACAAUGUGCGAUGCCUGGCUCCGGGCGAGGUGACGAUGUCCAACGAUUUUGUGGUCAACGAAGAUCUCAGCAACUUCUCCAACUGGUACUCCCGUUACCAUGGCUACGUCUCGCUGUGCGUGUGUGUGGGCGGGAUCGUCACCAACGCCUUUAACUUUACCGUCCUGACCCGGAAGCACAUGCGAUCGCCGGUCAACCAGAUCCUCACGGGCCUGGCCGUCUCCGACAUCAUCACGAUGCUGAGCUACCUGCCGUUCGCCAUCCACUUCUACUGCAUCCACCCGAGCAGCUCCCAGUCGCCGGAGAGGAACUCCAAGGGCUGGAUGAGCUUCCUGUUGUUCCACAUCAGCCUGACCACCGUGACGCACACGAUCAGCAUUUGGCUCUGCGUGGUGCUGGCGAUCGUGAGGUACCUCCACAUCCGGUCGCCCACCCGGGCCAGUUCCGUUCGGCUCAGAAGAAACAUCCAAGCGCGAUACCUCGUACUCGGCACGUACAUCGUAUCGAUCCUCGUGAUGAUUCCAAAUUACAUGACCAAUGAACUCAAGGAGAAAACCCUUUCGGGUAGUCCAGGGUUGAACCAGACGCUCACCAACGAAACGGCGCCGAACCAGACGGUCUACUUCCUGGAGCACAUCCGCCUGGGCAGCAACGACACCAACCCGCUCGUGCUGGCCAACGUCUGGAUGUACGCCAUCCUGGCCAAGCUCGUACCGUGCUUUCUGAUCUCCAUGUUCGGCUCGCUGCUGUUGUACCAGAUGCGGGCCAAGCUGAAGCAGAGGAAGGACUUCCUUAAGGUCUCCGCCUCCAACAACCACAAGCUCCACGAGCAUUCCAGGACUACGAAAAUGUUGAUGACGGUGAUAGUGUUGUUCCUGGUGACGGAGCUGCCGCAGGGCAUCCUCAUCGCCAUGAGCGCGUGCAAGGAGGGGUUCUUCGACACGGUGUACAUGCCCCUCGGCGACGUCAUGGACAUCGGCGCCCUCGUGAACAACGCCAUCAACUUCGUGCUUUACUGUUCCAUGAGCGCAAAGUUCAGACAGACGUUUCUCAAGCUGUUCUGCAAGUGCGGGGAAGACUACGACAACGAGGCGGAGGAGAACGGAUACGUCCUCCGCGAGGACAAAGGCGACUCUUAUAGUAAUAAUAAUGAGUUGGAAAACGUGCUUUAGCCAGAGCUGUUGACUGAGAUCCUGAACUACACACCACUGUGGGGAAAUGUUUGUUCUUUGCGUGGAUAAAUCUCGUUGGAGUACGCUGAGACGGUGCAGCUACAAUUUCUUUUUGAAAUUAAACCACCUACCCUGAGCAAGAACACGGAACCGUACCGCACAUCUUUUUCCUAAUUCGGAGAAUCCAAAAUAUCGUAUUUUCGUAAAUGCUUUAGGGUGUUUUCAGUGGAUCCGCCAAUGAAUGUAAUGGGUUGUUGUUGUUUUUUUUUGUGUGAAUUUUUUAUUCUGAUGAAGGCUUAUGGUAACGCCUUGCCGGAUCAACAUCCGAAGCUCUACUGAAUUGCCUUGGAUAUGCCUGACUAGACUUUCAUACCUCUUUAUCCAUCAGGUUCCCUAAAAGUUCGAGUACUGUUCCUAUAAAUAGAUUUGGAUAAUCCAUGAAGUGCCGCGGUUACAGUUGACUGUAUAUACACUAGGUAUCGAUCUGCCAGUAUCGACAUUUUCUUUGCUGUUAUUUAUUUUAUUUUUUUCUAUUUUUAUUUAGUCUGCCAGGCGAAUACAACAUUCGAUUACUUAUGGAGAAUUUUGCCUUACGUUUGAAUAAUAUUACAUAACCAAUUACCACAAUUGUAUGUAUUGUAAAUAAAAUUAUUCACUGUUCAAUCUCAUCGUAAUUUACAUGUUUCAACUGCACUAGGAGUUUCUGUAGCGAGUCCUUGCGUGGAAGGAUCAAGCGAAUUCAGCUCACUUCUCUUAUUACUUCAUUCCAUGGCAUACUAUUUAUUAAAGAUGCUGUAAACUUAUGUGGAGAAUAAUUCUCUAACCACCAUCUCAUCAGCUCUCACUUUUUUCCCCCAUCCCACAGGAG